CACAGAAAUGCAGCCUGCCGCUGGCAACGUCAACAACACAUCGUAUUCUAACCGCUGCACUGAGUACAACAGCCUUGCUUACAACCUCGAAACACAAGAACUCGAAUCCCUCUGUGACAAGUAAUCCAUCCCUUUCUUCAAUUUCAAUGAGACGGCAUCAUUCAAACAACCUGAAUUGCUCCGUUCAUUAAGGCCUGCCGGUGCGAUUUCUCGUAGAGUAAGCGGUACUCGUGCUGAAAACUUGAACUCUUCAGACAGCCAUGUCGGAUUCAUCCAAGAAUGGCGUAUUGGCCCUUUCCGGCUCGCUGAUGGGCUUGUCAACCAUCGCUGUCGGCCUCCGCUUUUGGGCGCGUAGGCGACAGAAAUUGCGCUUCUUAGCUGAUGAUUGGAUCGCUGGCCUCGCUCUGCUUUCAUACAUUGGAGCGUCGAUAUGUGUGUUCGUCAUGGUACAUAACGAGGUGCUGGGCUAUUCUAGCCAUGAUUUUACGUCCCAGCAGAUAGCCGCAAUGGGUAGAACGGAUAACGUGUCUGAAAUCACCCUCGACGUACUGACCAACAACACACUUGCCUGUGUCAAGCUCAGCGCGCUCUUCUUCUACCGGCGCAUCUUCUGCGCCACCGAGAAGCGGACCAUAUUCGGUACAGCAACUUGGGUUACCAUUGCCAUAGUGAUUCUAUGGCUUCUGUUUUUUCAGUUCCUGACAGGCUUUCAAUGCGGCACGCAUUUCUCGGCUCUCUGGGAUGGCUCUUAUCUCCAGUACUGCACUAUUUCGUUCCCGUUCUUGUACGGGCUUGUCAUAUCCGACUUCCUUUUGGAUGUCUGGAUCCUCGCUCUCCCGAUCCCCGGUAUCUUGCGUCUUCACACGACCUUACGGAGAAAACUGGGCAUUAUAGGCGUAUUUCUUUUGGCAUUGGUCGGUCUCGGUGCGUCAAUUGCCCGAAUGGUUCAGUAUAUCAAGGUCGAGCUGGGAGGUCCAGAUUAUCUGCUCUAUACCGACCGCGAACGCCUCAUUACCCAAUCCUUCUUCUAUACCAUGCUUGAGCCUGGAAUAGCGCUUAUUGCCGUAAACCUGCCGUCGCUACGGGUCUUCUCCAUCUCGCUCAAGGCUGGAGAAGUAAUACGCAGCGCGAGAAGCCUGCUGGAGUUGUACUUCUUGCGCGACAGCAGCACCGACAUCGUGCAGAACGCCUCGGAAGCCCCCACCACCAGUGGCAGCAGUGAAUACGGGAAAGCUGGGUCUUUCAGCUCCCGCCCCGACGAAAGAUCAAAUGUGCUGCAUAAAGCCUUUCCAGAGUCAUAACGUGGCCUCCUAAAAGAUUUCGAGGGACAAAGCCACAGAACGGCAAAAGCCGGACCUAGAGGGGCCUAAAAAAUAUCGGGGUGGCAUUUAGGUAGGGCUAAGCACGAUAAUUUCCAGUGAAGACGUUAGGCGCAGCGAGUAUGAGAGGAGCUCCUAGAGAAGAACUGAGAUAUGAUGAUGCGCGAGGGAAUGAACGGAACCGAUCGUCGGCGGAAAUAUAUUAUAGCAGUCCUGAAUAUCGGCAUCAAAAGCUGGAGCUGAACCCUGAGUGAAG